CUUGUCAAUGUCAGUCAGCAGAUUUUGGUAGACGAAUUUGAUAAAUCAAAUUCAUUUCCUAACAUUUUAUUUAAUUUAAUUAUUAAUAUUUUGAACAAAUAAGUAUGGGUUAUUUACUGGUGUAAAAUUAUGGUCGAUAUCCUCAUACAGAUUACAUAAUGGCGCUAACCUCAAAAACAAGUAUACUUUACAGAGCGCUCACCAUAACCUCAAGGCGCUAUUAUUGUGAUAAAAACGAAAAGUCGAUUUACCAACGCCAUGAAGAGGGUGAGAAACCACGCAUGGUCCACGGUCAGGAGUACCCCGACUGGCGGAAACCCUGGGUGAAAAGGGAAGGUGAAUUUACCAGCAAAUUGUCAGUUUUCGUGGAGAAAAAUCCCAGUCCAGAUAUUAUGUUUAUUUUGUCACAAAUUCCCAAUGUAACACGGCAGAAAAUAAAAAAUUGGUGGAGCAGCAUGAAAGAAUUACAAGAAAUUGAAAAUCAAAAGUAUAUACCUGAACGAGUAGCUACUUUAGGAGCCAAUCUGGCUGCAGUACAUUUUUUCUGUUAUCGUUAUGCCGCAGUAAGAUUAAAGGGAAAAACAGAAUGGAUAAGAGGGAACAUUACAAAUCUAACACUGCCCAAUACCUUUACAGAUGGUUAUUAUGUAGAAGCUAUAGACUGCAGCGACUUCCAUCACAAUGGAAUUCGUUACGAAGGGCUUGAGAAUUUAACUAAUCUUAAUUUCUUAAGAUGGUUGUCACUUAAGCACAACAAACAUGUAGAUGUGUGGUGUUUAGACCGAAUAGCAGGCCUCACUGGAAAAACAUUGGAAUUUCUUGAUAUUAGCGGCUGUAACCUCUGUGUUGGAGGUGUAUAUGCAUUAGCAAGGAUGUCAGCUCUCAAAAUGUUAGUCAUCACAGAUCCAGGACCUGAUAUAAAGCUUCAAACAGCAUUAUCAUUGUUGGAAGAAGAAAACCCUAAUAUUCUUAUAAAAGCAAUUCCUCCAUCUAAAUAAUAUGUAGAAGGACUAUCUAUUCUAUCUUUGCCUGUCUAUAGUUUAAUUUAUUUUUAAUGUGAGAAAGGUUAAUAAAUAAAAUACAAUACUGUU